CCCAACCCAUGCCAAAACCACCGCUUCAUAGAAAAAACCACAGAGAGAAAUGGCAGUUUUCAAAGUCAGUUUCAUGACUCUGGCUCUCUUCAUUGUGGCCGGAAUCUUAUUUUCGGGUAUCAAUGUUGUCUCCGGCCAAGGUUGCAGAGGAGACUUCAGGAAUCUGGCAGCACAAUGCAUGCCAUAUGUUCAAAAGCCCGGUCCGAAAACUCCACCCUCUAAGGGAUGCUGCAAUGCUGUCAGGACGGUGGACGUUCCAUGCGCCUGCCAGCACCUGCCUCCAGGGGUCGGCGGCACUGUCAGCCUGGAGAAAGUAGCCUUUGUCUUGCGAGUCUGCGGCAAACCCCUUAAGCCCGGAACCAAAUGUGGAAGUUACACGGUGCCACCAGCAGUUUGAGAAGAAGACGAGUGAAAAUGCAGAGAUACAUAUAAGCUAGUACACUAGUAAAUAAAUUUGUGUAGUUCCCUCUUUCAUCUUAUGUCACUAGAGACUUGAUCUGGGGGGAAUGUUCUGAAAGCUCAUAAAUCUACAUGUUAGUAAAGAAUCCUUUGGCUCUCUUGGUUUGA